AGGCGCGGGGUACCAGUGAGCGGCGAGGAGCCGCGCGCCCCGUGCCCGCCCCUGUCUGUGCGCCCGCCCGCGGGUCUUGGUCCGCCCGGCGUGCCAAGCGCGGAGCAUCCUCUCAGCCGCGCACCUGCCGCACGCACCUGUCCGCCGACCGCCCGGCGUUUGGCGCUUCGCUGGCUACCAGCCGCACCCAGCCAGCGCUGGGGCCCCGGCCCGGCCUGACCCGGCCCCGGCCCGGCCCUGGCCCUGCCUCUGCGUCCACCCCGCGCCGCGACCAGGCCCGGGCGCAGCGCUGCGGAGAGCGAGGGCCGCCUGGAGGCCGGCCGGGGCCCGCGCGGCGAUGAUGAACAGGUUCCGAAAGUGGCUGUACAAACCCAAGCGGUCAGACCCACAGCUGCUGGCCCAGUUCUACUAUGCCGACGAGGAGCUGAACCAGGUGGCCGCGGAACUGGACAGCCUGGAUGGGCGGAAGGACCCCCAGCGGUGCACACUACUGGUCAGCCAGUUCCGCUCCUGCCAGGAUAACGUGUUAAACAUCAUUAACCAGAUCAUGGACGAGUGCAUCCCCCAGGACCGCGCCCCUCGGGACUUCUGUGUCAAGUUCCCCGAGGAGAUCCGGCAUGACAACCUGGCUGGCCAGCUGUGGUUCGGGGCUGAGUGCCUGGCUGCUGGUUCCAUCAUCAUGAACCGCGAGCUCGAGAGCAUGGCUAUGCGACCGCUGGCCAAGGAGCUGACCCGCAGCCUGGAGGAUGUUCGGGGCACCCUCCGUGACCAGGCGCUGCGUGACCUCAGCACCUACACAGAGAAGAUGCGGGAAGCGUUGAGGCACUUCGACGUCCUGUUUGCCGAGUUUGAGCUGAGCUAUGUCUCGGCCAUGGUGCCCGUGAAGUCCCCCAGGGAGUACUACGUGCAGCAGGAGGUCAUCGUGCUGUUCUGCGAGACGGUGGAGAGGGCCCUGGACUUUGGGUACCUGACCCAGGACAUGAUCGACGACUAUGAGCCGGCCCUCAUGUUCACCAUCCCUCGGCUGGCCAUCGUGUGUGGCCUCGUGGUCUAUGCGGAUGGACCCCUGAACCUGGACCGCAAGGUGGAGGACAUGUCCGAGCUGUUCCGUCCCUUCCAUUCAUUGCUACGGAAAAUCAGGGAUUUGCUGCAGGCGCUGACGGAGGAGGAGCUGCAUACCCUGGAGCGGAGCCUCUGCGUCUGCCAGGACGUGGAGCUCCCCAUCCGGGCAGACGUCCCGGUGCCCACUGCCCUGGCACCUGCCUUUCCCGCAUCCCUUCCCCCCGAGGAGCCGCUCUCAGCCGAGGCCAGGAACCCAGAGGCAGAGCUGGCCUGCUCCAUGCAGUACGAUGACCAGGAGCUGGAGGAGCUCAGCCGCAUGGUCCACCGGGCUGGGGACGAGAUGUCAUCUCUGCUCUCGCCACCCAGUGCCUGCCAGUCCCCGGCACACAGGCCAGGGGCAGAGGGCAGCCCCCGAGGGGAGGCUUCUCCCGGCAGAAUGCGGCUGAAGUCGGGCAGCGACGAGGAGGAGCGGGUGUUCUUCAUGGACGACGUGGAGGCGGUGGAGGCCCCUGCCAGGCUGGAGUCGCCAGGUGCUCCGUGUGGGUGGGCAGACGGUGCUGGGACCGGCCCCCAGGAGAGCCGGCAGGGCGGGCAGAGCGAGGAGGAGGGGGUCAGCAAACCUGCUGUGGUGAAGGGGGAGGACUGGAGCAAUAACAACAAUGAGGGUGACCACAGGAGGCUGGCCGCCCUGCCCGGCUCGACCUGCAGCUGCCUGGACUCGCAGCUGUCCCUGGACGGUUGGGAGGUGAGUGCAGAUGACGCCGAGACGGCUGAGAUGAUCGCCCACCGGACGGGGGGCAUGAAGCUCUCGGCCACUGUCAUCUUCAACCCCAAGUCACCCUCCUCCCUGGACUCUGCAGUGGCCACCCAGGAAGCCCCAGGCCACGGCCUUUCCCCACUGGAGCCCGGGGCCCAGGGGGCUGGGGGAAGCUCCCACAAACUCAGCGCUGCGGCCACCAGCUGCCUCCUCCAUUCCUGCGUGUGCUGUGGGAGCUGUGGGGACGGCCGUGAGGAUGCGGUGGAGCACCUGCGGGAGAAGUGUGGCCCAGGGAGCAUCAUCAGUGCCUCGCACCCUGCCACAGGCUUGGCCAAGGCCAGCGACAAGGGCCCCAAGGGACUGGACGAGGCCCAGCCUGCCCCUGAAGCCAUCCUGCCAGUGGAAGACGCCUCCGAUAGACAGGAGGGCAAAGCCUCGGCUUCUAGCAAGUGCCUGGCACACACCUCCGGCCCCCAGGAGGACUCGGCAAGCAGGCCGCACACAGAGGGCCAGGCCACGGGCCUGCAGGAGGAGCCAGAGGCCAGGGAGCGGGAUCCUGGGAAGCCCUCUGCGCCCGGGAGGGAGAGUCCGCCAGCAGAUGGGACCCAAGCCCAACCCCAGCACCGGCCAGGCUCCAGCAGGGUCUCGCUGCGUUGUUGAGGCCGGCCUUCAACUUGGGAUCUUCCUGACUCAGCCUCCCACGAAGCUAGGACUACAGGUGUGUGCCACUGUGCCCAGCUUAGAUGGCCAUUUGUAUUGAGUUCAGUUUUAUAAUUAUGUGAAAUAGCAUACGGUCCUCAGGCAGAUCUCCGAAAUAAGAUGAAGAGAAGUCUGUCGGAAGGGACUUUAUUCUCCCAUGAGCCUAAAGGUUAUAAGUUCUCAUAGUUUAUUUUUCAAUAUUCGGAAACACAGUGGAAGGUGGGGUGAGGUGCAGAUGGGCUUGCGUGCUCCUGCUGGUUGGCAAAGCGCCUCCCACGCCCAGCACUGCCACCUGUCCCUGCUCCUGACUCUCCACUCCAAGUACUCUGGACAAGUCCUGCUUCCUCUGUAGCUGAGCGGCCCUCUCGGUGGCUGGGUCAGUGGGCACUCAGUGGGGCCUGGUGCCCACUAUGGGUUGUGACCAGCCUUCGCCUCAGGAUGGUGGGAGGGCCGUAGUGGGGCCUGGCUCUCUGCUGGUUUUGAAAGGCCUUUUUGAGGGGCGGCCACGUUAGUGGGACGACUUGACUUCGCGGCUUUUCCCCAGGCGGGCGAAGUGCUCGUCCACAUGGUUGAGUGGAGCCACGGGAGAAGAGGACUUUUGGUUUUGGACCUGUCCUUUGCUGUUUGUCUGGGUGACAGCUAGUGGACACCUCCAUCAGACUGUGCUUGCCCAUGGCUGCUCACAUCCACAUCCUGGCCUGUUCAGCUCAGUACAUGUCCUAAAGCUCAGCCAUGGAAAGGAGAGAAAAUCCACGGUGGCUCAGCAGGUGUCCUGCCUUCCCGAAGCAGUUCCAAAGGUGCAGAGGGUCUGAGGACAAAGCACAGGGGAGGUGGCAAGGUGGUCAGGACAGCUUUGCAUUGGGCUCGGGGCCUUGGUCAGCAGGGCCCCGAGCCCAGCGCUGUGUUGGAGGGAGCUGGUAAUCAGGCUGGCCAGGCUGGCAUCCGCAGCAGGACUGCAUAGGGGUCAUUCACUCACUCACCAUUUCCACAUGCUCUCAGGGGCUGAGCCAGCAUGGAGACCCACGGAGGAGCUGGAUGGACGUGGCCUGUCUUCACCCAACAUGGGGCUGACAAGCUGUGGGCAAAAAGGCCUGAGCAACCAGUUGUGCACAGGCAGAGACCACUGGAAGGCAAACAGGAGGCCAUGGGGCCGGCUGUGGGGCCAGCUGGUGCAGCCUCGCAGGCCCUGGUGUGGUCCCCAACCUGUCCUCCCUGCCAUUCCUGUGCCUGCCUCAGCUCAGUGCCUGGAAGGGCUGAUGGCUUCUACCUCUGCCUGCAUCUCGGCCGGUCCCACUGCAGUCCACAUUUGACCCUGGGGCCCGAUUGUCCAGCAGGGGCCCCUGCAACCCCUGUGGUGUGUGGCAGGAAAGCUGAGACGGGGCAACAGUCAGGCCCUGCCCUCACGGGCUCCUGGUGCCAUGCCUGAGCCUGGAUUUCGUGUGCUACAGAUGAAGAUGAAGGAGGUGCGUGGAGCUGGGGCACAGGCCCUACCUGCAAGGCCAGAUGCCCCGGGCCCUAGGACUGUGGGUUCUGGUCAGGUAGAAGACAGCGUCCAGGUGGAAGGACAGGGCUGUCCAGCUAGGAGGACCAACAUAGCCCAGAGACAGACCGCUGGAGCCUGGAGCCUGGGAGUGAGGGCUCAGGCAUUCCCCAUAGCUUCAGCUAGACCCCAGGGAGGCAGGACAUUGUCCUUGUGGACACUGCUGCGUUGGCCCUGCUGAGGAAAUGUCCUUCAGCUCUGGACCUCUUCCCUACCUUUUCAGUGGUCACAGAUGAACCCGUUUUAGAAAUGCUGACCUUUUUUUGAAUGCUUAUCUCCCAGCAUAGCCUCACCCUUGGCCCAGAGCAUUCCUGAAACCCACCUUGCCCGCUGCUGGCCGAUGACUCCUGCCAUCUCGUGCCCUCUCUGUGGACAUGCAGAACUGUGUUCCAUCAAAAUAACACUGGCUCGGCUCCUCUGUCUUUCCAUCUUUAAAUGUGGUCCUUGUUCAUUCUAGAAACUUUGAAAAAUGUAAAAAAGAAAUUUAAAAAAUCAUCCCAUCUUAUGCGCAA